CGAGGCUGUCGCGGCCGAGAUCCGUGCAGCGGGCGGCGUUGCGAUCGCUGUGGCGUGCGACCUGACCAGCGAGCGCCAGGUGUCGGAAGCGGUCGCGGCGGCGGAGGCUGCGCACGGGCCGUGCGUCUGCCUCUUCAACCACGCGGGAGGGCUGUCGGUCAAGCCGUUCCUCGACCUCACUUUGGCAGAGUGGGACGCCCUCUUCGCGAAGAACGUCACGUCCAUGUUUCUGAUGACGCGCGCGGUCCUCCCGGGCAUGCUCAAGGCGGGCGGCGGCGCCAUCGUCUGCACCUCCUCCAUCUCUGCUGUGUUCGCGACGCCGGGCGAGGUGCUGUACGACGCGUCCAAGGGGGCGUGUCACAUGUUCGCUAGGGCGGUGGCGGUGGAGUUUCGCGACCGCGGCGUGCGGUGCAACACCGUCUGCCCCGGCUUCGUCGACACGCCACACGGGCGCAAGGAGAUCCGCGAGCUCACUGCGCUCGGCGUGCCGGCAUCGGAGCAGGACAUCGCUGAGGCGCAGGGCCGGCUCGGGCAGCCCGACGACAUCGCCAAGGUCGCCCUCUUCCUCCUCUCGGACGACUCCAGCUUCGUCACCGGAUCGCACGUCUUCGCAGACGGCGGCUUUAGCGCGGUGUGAGACCGAAAUAGGGGUUAGGUGAGUUGUGUAUAUUUAUUUGAUUGAGUUUG